GAAGGAAGUAUUUGAGAAAAAUGGCUGCAGUAGACGCAUCAGCUUCUGAGGAUCAACUAAAGCUCAGUUCUGAUUAUACAGUUGAUAUAUUUACGAAACUUGGACAAGGUGUAUUUGGAAUUGUAUACAGGGGUGAACGUAAAGAUGGAACUCCAGUCGCAAUCAAACAGAUUACAAGUGAAUCGAUGAAAGAAACGGUUGAUGGCAUGGAAGAAAUCAAAAUUCUUCAAAAGCUACCCGCCCAUGUCAAUAUUGUGAAGUUUCACGAUUUUUUCUUCGUGAAAAAGUCCUUCUGGCUCGUGAUGGAGUUCUGCGAUGGUGGAGAUCUCCAAAAAUAUUUCAAGAAAUUAGAGGGCAAAAUAGAUGUCGCUGUAAAAGUGGAUUUCAUGCGUCAGCUGGCAAGUGGUGUGAAGCAUCUUCAUGACUGUAGACUUGUCCAUCGUGAUUUGAAACCAGCAAAUGCGUUGAUAAGUUUCGCAACUGGGCAGACAGUUUUAAAGUUGACAGAUUUUGGGAUAUCAAAACUGGCUGAGGGCAAAGCCAACUCCAUGCAGACUUAUAUGAUGAGUACGUCUUUGGGGACCCCUUGCUUCAUGGCGCCAGAAAUCUUCAAACAAGAGAAAUAUACUUCAAGUGUUGAUGUAUUUUCACUUGGUAUGAUCUAUAGUGGAAUGUUAGAUUCUGAAAAGAACAAGGGAGAUAUUCUUCCUCUACCCGAUGGUCCAAUGAUCAUGCCAAUGCCAAUUGGGAUGCUUCUAGCUCAACCCGGAUCUAAUGUGAAGGUUUCACCGAUAGUGAGUAGUGAUCCUGAAAUUGUCAAAGCUGUAAAGGGUGUUAUACAUAAAAUGGUUGGGGCGAAUGCUGGACAGAGGAUGUCAUCUACAGAAGUGAAGACACAUAUGGAUAAGUUGUAUGAUUCAGGAAAAGAAGAUAUUCACCAUCACUGUCAG